AUGGGCGAGGGUUCAAACCGACAAGAAAGCAAGAGGACGAUGGGUAGAGCGCAAGAAGGCACAGGGCAGGAAGGCCAUGUCGCAGGGUGCCGGAGUGUUCAGCUACGUUCAGCUACGACAAGGCGACAGCUCUUGGAGCGGCUGGAGGUGUUGGAGGAGCAGCAGAGGCAAGAAGUUGCUGAAUUGGAGGAGCAACUGCGGGCGUUGGAGCCGGCGGUGCCAACCGAGCCUGUGACGGACGCAAAGCAAAGAAGGAAAGAUUCACCUGAGAUGAUUGCUUUCAAGCAGGAGAAGCGGCGAAAAACCAAAGAACUCAAAGCGUCACAGCUGGCGCAGCGUGAAAGCUUUUGGAGCAGCUUGUCUGAUUUGGAACUGGAUGCGAUGGAAGAAAAGUUUGGGCCACCGUGGCUUGUGAGUGGAAGCUGA